AUGGUUCGACUCACUGUGGAUCUAAUUGCCAAAAACAGCAAUGUUAAGCCCCGAAAAGAAGAAACCACUUCACAGUGCCUGAAGAAAAUAACCCAUAUAAAUUUUUCAGAUAGAAAUAUAGAUGCAAUUGAAGAUCUCUCUCUUUGCAAAAAUCUUAGUGUUUUAUAUUUAUAUGAUAACCGUAUUAGUCAAAUCACUAACCUGAAUUUUGCCACAAAUCUGACUCACCUGUACCUUCAGAACAAUUGUAUCUCAUGUAUAGAGAACCUCAGAUCAUUAAAUAAACUGGAAAAACUGUAUCUGGGUGGCAAUUACAUUGCUGUCAUAGAAGGUUUAGAAGGAUUAGAAGAACUAAGAGAGCUUCAUGUUGAGAGUCAGAGGCUUCCCCUAGGAGAAAAACUUCUAUUUGAUCCAAGAACUCUUCAUUCUCUGGCAAAAUCCCUCUCUCUAUUGAAUAUUAGCAAUAAUAAUAUUGAUGACAUAAGAGACUUAGAAACGCUGGAGAAUCUUAGUCAGCUCAUAGCAGUUGACAACCAACUUCUGCAUGUGAAGGAUUUGGAAUUUUUACUGAGCAAGUUGAUGAAGCUAUGGAAAAUGGAUCUAAAUGGAAAUCCUGUUUGUCUCAAACCAAAAUACAGGGACAGACUGAUUUUGGUGUCCAAUUCACUGGAAUUUCUUGAUGGAAAAGAAAUUAAAAAAGUGGAAAGACAAUUCCUAAUGAAUUGGAAAGCAUCCAAAGAUGCCAAGAAAAUCUGCAAGAAAAGAAACAUUAAAAGCAAUGAUGCAAGCAACUCAUACUUAAGUGACUCUGAGACAAUGCAUCACAUAGUUCCUCUUUACUACCCACAGUUGGAUAAGCCAAAAUUAGUCUUUUUCUCUGAAAUACAAAGAUUUCUUCCAAAUGGAAAUGCUUCUCCAGAAACAUCCCAAGAAGAUACAAAGACCAAAGUUACUGAAGCGAUGGGGUGGACCUGCAGUGACCACACAGGGUGCCCUCAUGUGUUACAAAGCAGACCUGCAUCCCAUAGACUUCAGAAGGACUCUCCAGACCUUUCUUCUAAGGCAUUGUUUCAAGUACGUACUAGUUCCGUUGCUGCAAAGUACUGUGCAUCCACUCAGACUUCCCCAAUGGAGGCAGGGGAAAUAGGGAGACUAAGCUCUGCAGGGUUGGAGCGGCCGGGGCCGGCUCUGGACCAGCUUCAGGUCGCAGAACCUGCUGUCAACGGCGCCUUGGAUCCGCUUCUUCCCCGCACAGUGCACCCUGCUCUUCCCGCGGGUUCACGCGUGCAAAACGCCCCACAUGAGUUUCCGGCAGCCAGGAAGCCAGGAAAAGAAUCUUACGUCUAA